UCCAAGGCAACUGAAAAUGGCGAUGCAUAUCCCUAAACCCCCGGGCUUUGCCCAAAUGCUUAAAGAGGGAGCCAGGCAUUACUCAGGCUUGGAAGAAGCAGUUUACAGAAAUAUAGAAGCUUGUGGAGAGCUAGCAAAGACAACGCGAUCAGCCUAUGGCCCCCAUGGGCAAAACAAAAUGGUCAUCAAUCAUUUAGAAAAAUUAUUUGUAACAAAUGAUGCAGCCACAAUAUUAAGGGAGUUGGAGGUACAACACCCAGCCGCAAAAAUGCUGGUUUUAGCCUCUCAGCAGCAGGAACAAGAAUGUGGAGAUGGAACCAACUUUGUCUUAGUGUUCGCAGGGGCCUUACUAGAAAGUGCAGAGGAGUUGCUGAAAUUGGGACUUUCUGUAACAGAGGUAGUUGAAGGUUAUGAGCUUGCUUGCCAGAAAGCUUUAGAAAUAAUUCCUGAUUUAGUUGUUGGCAGUGUAAAGGACAUGAAGAACAAGUCUGAAGUGAUAAAGGCAAUACGCACCUCUGUGAUGAGUAAACAGUAUGGCAACGAAGACUUUUUGGCUGAUUUAAUAGCAGAUGCAUGUAUAUCAGUAAUGAAGAACAAAUUGAGCUUCAGCGUUGAUAAUAUUAGAGUAUGUAAAAUAUUGGGGUCUGGCAUACACAGUUCCAGUGUUGUCAGCGGUAUGGUGUUCAAGCGUGAGGCUGAGGGAGAGGUCACCAAGGCAUCAGAUGCUAAAGUCGCCGUCUUCUCCUGCCCAUUAGAUAUCAUUCAAACAGAGACCAAGGGAACUGUGUUGAUUAAGACUGCUAAAGAAUUGAUGGAUUUCAAUAAAGGAGAGGAAAACCAGAUUGAAGAGCAAAUUAAAGCCAUUGCAGAGACUGGCUGCAAAGUGAUAGUGUCUGGAGGUAAAGUUGGCGAAUUGGCUCUCCACUAUGCCAACAAGUACAAAAUGAUGGUAGUAAGAUUGUUAUCCAAAUGGGACUUACGGAGGUUAUGCAGAGCAAUUGGGGCCACUCCUCUACCUCGCUUGACUGCCCCUACGGCAGAAGAAGCUGGACACUGUGACCAUGUCUACAUAGAUGAGAUAGGCGAAACUCCAGUGGUCAUCUUCAAACAAGAUACUGCUGAGAGCACUGUGUCCACCAUUGUGAUAAGAGGCUCCACUGAUAACAUCAUGGACGACAUUGAGAGAGCCAUAGAUGAUGGGGUCAAUACAUACAAAGCACUCACCAAGGAUGACCGUUUGCUACCUGGAGCAGGUGCCACAGAGAUUGAGCUGGCCAAACAGCUCACUUCGUAUGGAGAGACCUGUCCUGGUCUAGAGCAGUAUGCUAUCAAGAAGUUUGCUGAGGCGCUUGAGGUGGUCCCCAAGGCAUUGUCUGAGAACACUGGCGUCAAGGGGACAGAGGUCAUCUCCAAGCUGUAUGCAGCCCACCAAGAGGGAGGCAAAAAUAUGGGAUUUGAUAUUGGGGGCGAGGGAGCAGCUAUCAGAGAUGCUUUAGAAGCCAACAUUCUUGAUCUCUACACCACCAAGUACUGGGGCUUGAAGUUUGCCACCAAUGCUGCCAAUACUGUGCUCAAAGUUGACCAGAUUAUUAUGGCCAAAGCAGCUGGAGGACCCAAAGCAAAAAAGAACCAAGAUUGGGAUGAAGAUUAAAUUGGUCCAAACGAAUCUUCCUUUAAAAAAGGGUGUAAGAAACUGUGAAAGUGUCCAAGGCUUGAAUACAGUAUGUAAGAAUAUAUUGGAUUACACCUGGAUGGAAAUUUGUUCUAUGCGUAAACUGGCAAUUGGUUCAGGACAUGCCUUCUAGGAUUCUAGUUCACUAGAACAGACUUAGGAAUGAUGAAGGAGAGCUUGGGAGUUCCUAAUGUUGUAGGAAGGAGAGUGAUAAAUGUAUAUUCAUGCAUUCCUUUGGGGCAUCAGAUCACUUAACUCUCUGGAUGAGAGAAAACAUUAGUCAACAACUUUCACUUCAAAAAGUCAAUAGGAACAAAUUUGGCCAAUUUUAAAUAUGUGUUGAAUGGGUGUUGUUUUCUCACACUCGCACAAUUUUCUUUUAUUAGAUAGAGAAUGGAAAUGGUUUUGAUUAAAGUCAGUGGCUGAGAUUAUGACAAUUAUUUAUAGACUGAAAUAGGAUUGUGCCUGCUGUGUUUUGUAAUCGUGCUUUCCCAAUAAAAAUGUACCUACUUCUUAAAA